UAGAAUGUCUUUACACUGAAAAGCUCGCGUGACUGUAAUUAGUUUCACUAUAAUUUUAUUUUUCAGUUUUAAUACGGGUGCUUAAAAUGGGAGAUUUUGGAGAAGAUUCCGACGACAGUGACGGAGAAGGCGGAUUAGGAAACGUGAAUCGAAUAAUAAUGCGUCCCCCAGGUCACAGUGGUAAAGCGAAAAGGGGUCAUUUGUGCUUCGAUGCUUCUUUCGAAUGCGGAAAUUUGGGUAGAGUUGACCUAAUUAACGAAUAUGAAUAUGAUUUGUUUAUAAGGCCCGAUACCUGCAGUCCCAGGUUGCGGUUUUGGUACAAUUUUACAGUCGACAACGUUAAGCAGGAUCAGCGGGUUAUUUUUAACAUAGUUAACAUCAGCAAAGAGCGAAACUUAUUCAUGGAAAACAUGACCCCGUUGGUCAAAUCUUCAAGUCGGCCGAAAUGGCAAAGAAUACCGAAAAAAUACGUAUUUUACCACAAGUCUUUAGCGCACCAGGGUAAUUAUAUUUUGAGUUUCUGUUUUGGAUUUGAUCGGGAAGAUGACGUGUUCCAAUUCGCUUUGGCUCCUCCCUACAGUUACUCAAAAUUACAAGCGUUUUUAGGCUUACUCGAGAAAAAGGCAGCUUAUUUGAACGAACGUUUUUCUAGGGAUUUAUUAUCAAAUAGCAUACAAAAGAGAAGGGUCGAUAUAUUAACUAUCGGAUGUUUGGAUAAGUCGAAUCCAAAGUCGAAAAGAAGAGUGGUGGCCAUUAUGGCAAGAGUGCAUCCUGGGGAAUCCCCGGCUAGUUUUGUGUGCCAAGGUUUAUUGGAGCUCUUAAUUAGUUGCAAUUCGAUAGCGGCCAUUUUGAGAGAACACGUAAUUUUUAAAAUAAUACCAAUGCUAAAUCCAGACGGCGUUUUUCUUGGAAACUACAGGAGUACCGUGAUUGGUAACGAUUUAAAUAGAUCUUACCAUAACGCCAAUCCAUGGUGCCAUCCUACAUUAAAAGCUGUUAUCGACGUCCUGACCGUAUUGGAUAGAAAUCGGGAGUGCCAAUUGGACUUUGUGAUUGACAUUCACGCUCACUCAAGUCUUACGGGGUGUUUUGUAUACGGCAAUACGUACGACGAUGUUUACAGGUACGAACGACAUAUUUUAUUCCCGAAACUGCUGGCGACGACUGCGGACGACUACGUGCCGGAAAAUACAAUGUUUAAUUCCGAUAGUAAUAAAAUCGGUACAUCUAGGCGAUUCUUUUGCUCCCUUUUAAGUGAUAGAGUUAAUUGUUACACGUUUGAAGUUUCCAUUUUCGGCUACAAACUUAAAGGCUCGGAAGUUGUCAUACCUUACACAGAAGAAAGUUAUAUGAGAUCGGGUCGUAAUUUAGUGCGAACAUUUUUGGAGUACUAUCAAAACACAGGCGCCAUACCAGUUCAGCUCGCAGCAGAAGUGUCCAGUAAACGGAAAAAGUCGAAAUCAAAUCAAACACGCCGAAGACACGCGAGUUACUCGAGAACAACGGCGAAUAGAACUGAAGCCCUUAUACAUUUUAAAAAUUUAAACACUAAUUACGACAGCGAAACCUCUUUUGAAGAGUUUACUUACAGUUUUAGGACGACGAGCCCCAGAAAAACAUUUGAUAAAAUUGCCGAACGGCAUAAUUCCAGAGGUGUGCAACGCGAGGGUUGUCGAAGUGGAUCACCAACGUUUGUCGUCCUGCCUGAACAGAGUUUGACAGUCAUCGACUUUAAUAUCAUGUCUAGAGAUGAUAUUGAUAAAGUAUCGAAUUUUCAGCGAAAUAAAAAAACCUACUGA